AUGCCAAUGGGUUCUGCAUCAAAUGGAAACCGGAUAGUGGGUCAGGAUGAUGGCAGCAUUACCAAUGAAAAGGGUAGAAGACACCCAAGAUGGACGAGACAAGAAAAUCUUACACUAAUUCAGGCUAAAGAUAUAACAGAGAACACCCCAAACAAAGGAAGAAAGAUCAGUUCUGCAUUGUUGGGUAGUCCUGCAGGAGGAAGAUCAUCAUCAUCAUCAUCGUCGUUGUUGUUCGAUAACACGGAGCCGAAAUGGGUUGUGAUAUCGUCUUACUGUAAGCAGCAAGGUGUGAAAAGGGGUCCUGCGCAAUGCAGGAAAAGGUGGAGUAAUCUGUUAGGUGAUUUUAAGAAGGUGAAAACUUGGGAGUCUAACUUGGAAGAUAAGAAUGAAUCUUUUUGGACUAUGAGGAAUGAUCUUAGGAAGGAGAGGAAGUUGCCUGUUUCGUUUGAUGUCGAAUUGUUUAAGGUUUUGGAAGGAAGGGAAACUGGUGCUGCUGGUGCUAUUUCGCCAUUACCUUUACAAGCUAUUGCUACUGCUACUGCUACUGCUACAGCUACAGCCAUUGCUGCUGUUUCUGAUGAUGCUAUUGAAUUUGAUGAUGAGGAGGUUUUGGAAGAAGAAGAAGAGGAUGAUCAAAUGCUGAGUGGUGGAGAAACUUUGUCAGAUGUAAAGGAUGAAGGACUGGAAACUCCUGCAUUCGAGGAUAUUAAGUCUGCUGACAAUUUGACUGAGAGUCCUGUUAAGAAUUUCUGCAUUCCAGAACCAAUUUCAGAACAGCAGCAUCAUCAAGAAUUCCAGGAGCAGAACAGAAACUCGAAUCAAGAUGCUUCAAAAGAAUCAUGGGAAGGCAACUCCAACUGGGAUUCACAAGAAAAGGUGAAAAGACGGCGAAUUUCUACAGAUGACCACAAAGCAAAUUGCACGGAGGCACAGAUCUUAACGAUGUUAGAGGCAAACAACAAAUUAUUGAAUGCACAACUUGAAAGUCUCAACAAAAACUGGCAACUGGACAGAGAACAGAGGAAGGAGAGCAACAAUGAAUUGAAGGCUUCUCUCAGCAAGCUUAAUGAUGUCCUGAUUAAAAUUGCAGAGAAGCUAUGA